CGCUCCUCCCCCGGCCUGCGCGGCCUGGGCGCUACGCGAGCGCGGGGAUCGGCUGCGGCCUAGCGGGCAGCGCCGGCCGCCAUGGCCGGGGAGGUGAAGACGAAGCUGUCCAAGAACCUCCUGCGCAUGAAGUUCAUGCAAAGGGGUUUGGAUUCACAAACUAAAAAACUAUUAGAAGAAGAAGAAAAGAAGAUAAUUAGUGAAGAACACUGGUAUCUUGAUUUGCCAGAUCUAAAGGAGAAAGAGAGCUUUAUAAUAGAAGAGAGGAGCUUUAUGCCAUGUGAGGAUCUACUUUACGGCAGAAUGUCCUUCAAAGGAUUCAAUCCAGAAAUUGAGAAGUUAAUGAUCCAAAUGAACUCUAAGUGCAAGGAAGAAGAAAUUGAAGUGGAUGAUAAAAUGGAGGCUGAUGUGUCAGAUGAAGAAAUGGCCAGAAGAUAUGAAACAUUAGUGGGAACAAUAGGGAAGAAAUUCUUGAGAAAAAGAGACCAGCGUGUACUCCAGGAUGAAGAUGAAGAUGGGGAUAGUAAUGCAAGACCUAGCAAAAAAGCUAAGAAAAAGUUCUUAAAACCUCAGGACUAAUGUCAGCUGCACAACUGGAGCUGAUAUAAUUGUUAUCUACCAAAUAGAGUACCACGAACUGGAGUUUUUGCUGUUUAACGUAAAGGAUAGAUUUGUAAAUGUGAGUCUGUUCUCAUUGAAAUUUCUAUCAUCCACAGGACAAAUAUUUUUCAAAGUGGAUGUGUGCAUAAUGGAUGUCAUACAUCCUUUCCUCUCUCAGCAGCUUUUAAUGUGUGGGGCACUAAUCCCAUCAGCCUUUUUAAAUGUUAGGUGUAAUUAGAUCAAGUGUCACAUGCAAUCGAGAGCAACAUUAUUUACAAUUUAUGAUAACAUCUGAAAGACAUAUUUGGAGUAAAGACGAGCUUUGUCCAAUCCAGUAACAGUUCAGCUUUCACUGCUUUUUUAAUUAUGAAAAUGAAAACCUUUGCUGUCUUCAAAUUCAAAAAGUCAGCAGAAACGUGUAUUCUGGUUUUUUACUGUUCUAAAAUUAGAUGGGAAAAGAAGAGAGAGAAAAUCAAUUUGGUUGAAUUUUAUUUUUUAUAAAGCUUAUUUAAAAAUAGAGGGGUUUGUAGUAGAACUACUUUUUUUUAUAGAGCAAGCCAAAUAUUGGGCAACGUUUACAGUUUGACACUUGAGCAGAUUGUGAGUCUUAAUUUCUGGCUUCCAAAAUAAGUUUGCUAAUCUUAUCUUUUUCAGCAAAAAAAAAAUUAUAUAAAUCCAAUCUUAUAAUUAUCUAAGUCUUUUCAUAAAAGCGUAAUAACGGCUUCAGAAACAUAUUUGAAAGCUGAAUAAAAACUGGGUUUUUUUGUGAUUAAUGGUUGUGGUUUAGGUAAUUUAAUGUUAAAAAUGAUGCUUAAUACAAUCUGAUACAAGAAGUGAUCCUGUUUUGUGCUGGCCACAGAUGUCCCCAAAUAUUAGUUGACUGCACUGACUGUUUUCUGUUUAGCGUGUGCAGCGAAGUCGUCUGAAGAAAUGUCAGGAUGGAAACAUGAUGCCCUUUGGUCAGUCAGUGUUGUGGGCCUAUUGAAAAAUGUCGAUGCGGUCUUGUCUAAAAUCAUAACAGUUCUCUGCAUCCUGCCUUUCAACAGGAAAUAAUUCUUUCUAUUACUUCAUUUCCCCAAAUAGAUGUCUAACUUACUCAUCUGUAAUGCUGGUUCUCUGGAGAAAAAGGAAUUUAUUAAACUGAAGCAAGUAGUGGCCAUUUUCUCAUGGACAAAAAA